AUGGACGGUAGCCAAGAGAACAAAGAGCCUUAUCAGAGUAGAAAAACUCGUAUCUCAGCACCUUUAAAGCAAGAAACCAGCAGGAUACCAAGGAAUUCAACAUCAUUGGACGACCCUCCCUCUAGCGCCUUCAAUCUGGACGGUAGCUUGCGAAAACGUGGUGGGAGUUUCUCAGCAGAAGUAAAUUUUACUUCCAGAGAAGCCGAUUACUCCCAAAGAGGCUAUCCAGAGAGCAUGAGCCUGGGCCCUGCACCGAGCGAUAGCCAUAACCGUCCUGACCCUCCUCAAUCACAAAUGGGCGCCCCAAGAUCUGGUUUCAUAUUAUUUUGUCCUCAGGCUGGGCAACAUGGGCUUCAACCUCUUCACUAUGCAGGUCAACUCCUCAGCCCACCCCAACUUGGUAACCCGUCACCCGAUCCCCUACCACCAACUCGUACUUACCUGAAAUGCCUGCUUUCUGAAGAGUCAUUUGAUGAUUUUCAAGAAUACCAAUAUAUAGGGCAGAACGACGAAAACAUGUGUUUCUCAUUUCCUACUGAUCAGUGUCCUCGUCAGAUUUUCUCAAAUCCAGUCGGAGCCCCUGCAAAUGUGCAAUAUUCACAUCUUCCUUCCCCCGAUCCCGCCCACACACAACAGAGCUUUUUGAACCCGGAUAAUUUCGGGAGCGGAUUCGACAAAGCUGGAGACUACAAUUCUUUGGACACACCCUUGCCAUAUAACUCACAGGCCAACCAAAACCAAGCAAGCAACGUGUCUCAGGGCUCACUUUCUUCCAAUGUUUCAGCUGGAGUACUUCCAGUUCAAUUGCACCCACCAAACUCCCAGCCCGUCUACGCACGCAAUCCAACACCUCCUCCCGGUUACAUGGUGUUUGGUUCACCAGAAGACCUCCAAGCAGCAGUUAAUAACAAUCCACUCGGAGUCCACGACUAUAUUCGUAGACUUGUCAAAGACAACCGCAAUCUUCUGGACAAAUAUGGUAGAUCUAUCCAACAGACUAAAGACGAAGAAGACAGAGGCAGGAGACAUAUUGCGACCAUAGAGAGAGCUUGGAAUAAAUUAAAUGCUGCCCUUGUACAGGCCAAUCCUGCCCUGGCAAGCAGUUUCGGAGCUGCUAUUCGAUCAAGCAGUGGAGUACAGACACAAGCAUAUGGUCUUGGUCAUGUGGCUGAUACCAGGACAUCUAGUAAUACUGUAGGAGAAAACCUUACGGGACAAGGUAAUGGCAGUUGGAGAGACAGAGGCGGUGACAGAGCAAGAUGGGAUGGAAGGGGAAAUGUGACUGGACAGGAACGUGCUGCUGGAGGCAGUCAAGAAGCGGCACCAGAACAUUCCACUGGCAGAAACACACGGUCUGCAAAGGAAGUGAGCAAGACUCCCGCGGAGGAUGAAAGCGAUAUUGAGAAUGCGGAUAAAGGCGAUUAUGACGGCAACAAUGGUUUCGCCUGA